AUGACGUUAGGAUUUACUGAAACGUUUCCACCUUUUGAUUUAUCCAAAUUUGCAAAGAAAACCUCUAAAGUUUGUGUUGUUGCUAUAAUUGGCAAAGGAAGGUACAGUGCUUUCACAUCCAAAGCUACUUUGCUUAAUCCAACUAUUGGCAAAAAUGUUUUCAAGGGGUUGGAAGACGUUUCUACAGAAGAUGAAAUGGAAUAUUAUUAUGAUGCCUGUAGGCAGGUUGUCUACGUUCACUACAGUUCCCUUUUGGAUACACAGCGUUUAGCAAACCUUUGCUUGAAAAUGGACAGUGAUGUUGCUCAACAAGACUUUCACACAAUUUGGGAGUUGGAAGAAUUUCAUCAUGCCAAAACAUGGCUUCUUCUAUUUUGUAUUUCUCAUGUCAUUGUGCUUGUUCAUCCUGGAAGUUCUUUUGACCCAAGUUACAUUCGCAUUUUCAGGAUAUUAGACACUGUCAGGAUUCAACUUCAAGGUUUGAUGAGUGAACAACUACAGGGUUUCCCCAUAUCCAAAGAUUGGUGUGUCAAUGGACGACCAUGUUCGCCACGAGUCUUAUUUGUUUUUGAGACAACUUUGCUUGAUGUCACUACUGAUGAAAAUGAUCUUAAAGUCCGUCCUCAGCGCAAUCCACCUCUGAAGCGAUUGCAACAUGCCACUGAAGACCAGAUUUAUCGUCUCCUGAGGAAGUCACGCGUAAUCACAAAUAUAAGCAACAAUUCUUUGUUUGCUGUCCCUGCCAACCAAGAAUUUGUCUACAUUCAUAAUCGAAAGGCAGACAUAAAUGAUCCGGUCCUGUACUUCUUGCUCCAGUUGCGAAAUUCACACACGGUCAAUAAAGAUGGCGAACCUACAAAAGGAGGAAAAAGUUACCAAACAAAUCGCCGGACAAACCAGGGAAGCCCUGGGCGUAACGAUGGCACAAUGCGCUCAACUUUGGCCAACAAAUCUCUGUCUACUUCUUCUGACAAUUCAUUUCAUGAUUUCCUUUGGCCACAUAUUCAACUUGCUUUCACUAAAGGUUUUGACGAUAAUGUAGGAAAAAGACAAAUUCCAGCACUUUUUGAGAUGACAACAGGGUAUACUUGGUUCUCUUUGGCUGCAAAACUCUACCAGUUUUUUUUCCAUGACUUAGACAAGAAGUCAUCGGUGUUCAACAAAAUGAGGUUCAAAUUGGAUGUUGACAUUAGAUUUUCUGAGAAUCGGUGCAACAAGGUGCUGCCAGUGGCCGAAAAUGCUUACCAAGAUGGACUCCCCACGCAUUAUACAUUCAGUUAUCACGUUUCUAAGUUUAAUCAAGCAAAACGUGUUUUUGCCCAGUAUGCCAGGGGACCAGCCUAUGAUAAAUAUUUGCGGCAAUUGGAGGAGUCUUGUGAAAAAUGGUGGAAAAAUGGACGCCAACUAUGCGAGGAGGUCAGCCUCACAGGACAGCACUGUGUGAACCCAUUACAUCAACUUCCUGACAGUUUGGAAACUGAAGAGAACCAGCAUUUACCUGUGAUGCCACAUUCAAGUCAAGUAAAAACUAAAGCUGCCUGUAAUUGUGGACGCAAACAGGCUGAAAAGGAUGAUCCUUUCAGCCAUGAGGCAGCAAAUUUUGAAUUUUAUGAGAACCUGGAGAAGAUCUGUUGCUCUUCUCUGCAACAUGUAGAAAUUCCUGUCUUCAAACCAGAUACAGACAGUUUUGUUGCUUCCCCACUUGUUUUCUUUGCUCCCCACUUCUCUUCUUUUUUUUUUCUUUUUUUUUUUUUCCUUGUGCGCCUCUCGGCCUUUUUCUUUCCCCCAUCUUCUUUGCCUCCCUCUCUCUCUCUCUCUUCUUUGCCUCCCUCUCUCUCUCUCUUCUUUGCCUCCCUCUCUCUCUCUCUUCUUUGCCUCCCUCUCUCUCUCUUCUUUGCCUCCCUCUCUCUCUCUUCUUUCCUCCCUCUCUCUCUCUUCUUUUGCCUCCCUCUCUCUCUCUCUUCUUUGCCUCCUUCUCUCUCUCUCUUCUUUGCCUCCCUCUUCUUUGCCUCCCUCUUCUUUCUAAAUUCUCUCUCCCUCUUCUUUUCCCUCUCUCUCUCUCUUCUUUGCCUCCCUCUCUCUCUCUCUUCUUUGCCUCCCUCUCUCUCUCUCCUUUGCUCCUCCCCUCUCUCUCUCUUCUUUGCCUCCCUCUCUCUCCUAUUGCCUCCCUCUCUCUCUCUCCUCCUCUCCUUUCCUCCUCUCUCUCUCUUCUUUAUCAUCCUCCCCUCUCUCUUCUUUGCUCCUCCCCUCUCUUCUCUCUCUCUCUCUCUUACUCUUACUUUUUCAUUAUCUUUUUUUUAG